AUAGUCAAAGGUGCGACAAUGCCUGCGUUCCGAUUUUUACCGUCGGUACUAAAAAUCUAUACUUUACGUAGCAUGUGCUGUAGAUUUCUAGUACUGGCAGUGAAUAUUGAAACGCAGUCACAAGUGUACAGCUUAUCUUUACAUUAGGUGUGAUGCUGGAAAAUAUUAAUACUUUGGAAAUUUUACGCGUUUUCUGAACUUAUUCGUCAUGUCGAGAAUCAAGAACGAAGAUGGCAAAGAUGAUAGUCUAAAUAGACAGGGUUCAUUUAGAAAGCUCGUGCCGGGAAGUAAUAAUGGAGAUUCUCCACUCGGUAUGUCUGUAAAAAUGAUAGAUAGGCCAUUUAUCGUACAAACCAACAAGCAGCAUACUAUUUUUCUGCAGGAAUACAACAUACUUUCAGAAUACAAGAUGUUAUCCUCCCAAGAUUUGAAGGGAAUUUAUGUUAUUCCAUCUGCUUUAAAUUCUUUCUUAUGGUUCGGUGUACAAUUUGUUCGGCAAGGGUUCUACAAAGGUGGAGUUUUUAGGUUCACUAUUAUAUUGCCUCAGAACUUUCCACUUGGGGAGUGCCCUAAAGUUGUGUUUGAAACUAAAAUCUUCCAUCCAUUAAUAAAUCCAGAAAAUGGAGAAUUGUGUACAUCAUGGGGUUUUCCUGAAUGGAGAAGAAAUAACAGAAUUUGGCAAUUGAUACAAUAUAUUACAAAAAUAUUUGUUAAAUUAGACACGAAAAUGACUCCAGUAAAUCAGGAGGCAGCCAACUUACAAGAAAAUAACUUUGAAGCUUUCCGCGAACGUGUGAAAGCAUGCGUGAAAGACAGCGUGAAUCAAGUAUUUGAUCCCUCUACCAUGGACGAUCCGCAUUAUAUUACUUUCAGCCAAUAUGUGAGUGAGCAGCAUGAUACCGUUAAACGAGAAAUUUACGAACCGACAAAGGUUAAAGAAGAAAUCAAGCCAUCAGGUUUAUCGUGGGUACAACCCGGUUCUCUUCAACCAUUCUCAAAGCCGGAAGCGAGAUAACGAGGGAUUUAAGAUAGUAAUGAAAAAAAAAAGAACAUACGUCCAUAUGAGCUAUACGCAAGCAAAACAUUGUUGCUCUCUUAACAAAUGCAAGAACAAACUUACCAAACAAAAGAACAAACUGUGUGCGAUCAAACUAUUUUUCUAUAUAUAUUCGCAACGAAAAAUUAUAUUUCAAAUUUUAUACAGGUAAUGUUAAUUAGUAAAGAUAGAACUCACAAAAAAAAGUAGGAUAUGUAUAUACAAUACUCUUGUAAUUAAAUUAAGAGAAAUAGAAUAUUAAUACGAUACACUGUUAUAUUUAUUACAAAAAUAAAGUUUAAUUCAUAACGUUUAUAUACACAAAAGUGUUAUUUCUGCAUGUUAUAAUAUUGAUUGCAAGAAAUAUCUGUGUAUUUAGGUAAUUAAUAUAUUCCAAGAGAAUAAAAACACUGAGAAAGACACUUUGUCAAUUGUUAAAUAUAUAUAAAAAAGUUAUAGACUGAUAGAGAAAAAGGAAAGGAAGAGAAAGAGACAAACAGAAAGCCAGAAAAAAAUGUAAAGAAAGAUGAGCUUAGGAUGCUGGUCAACAUAGAUGCAGUUGCGAGUUAACGAGGCUUGACAGAAUUGACCAACUGUGUUGAUCAAAUCAGUCUAUUAGGACCUAUCUACAUUAUAGCUAGUCUACAAUGAAGGUAGUAAGGCUGUAGGAGAGAGUAAACUUGAUAGCCAAAUGAUAGCA